AUGGACUCGAUGAUACCUCCACCACCACCUCCAUUGUCUUCAACCAUUCCACCACUUCCACCUCCUUUCUCUUCCUCAUCAACAACUGGAUCUUUCUCUCAUACUUCACCACCUCCUCCUUCCUCACAGCAACCCCCACAACAAACAACAAAUAAUUAUGAAACACAAUCGGUAAUUCUCUCCACCUCCGAACGUGCCAUUGAUUAUUCAAAUAUUAAUAAUUUAAAAAGAUGUGAUCAGAAAUGGACCAUUGAUUGUGAUGAAGGUCUUUUAGACUAUUUGAAAUCCUAUUCCAAUAGAUUAUUUACUCAAAUGAAUCAUUUGAGAGAUUCUGUUGAUGAAUUGGUCUAUGACACUCAAUCAUGUCAAGUCAAAGUGAAGAAUGCAUUCAAUGAAUUUAUCAUGUUAUCAAACACUCAAUUCAUUGAAAAUCGUGUGAUUGUACCAUCACCACAGACAACUUUAUCAACUGAACAAUCCACCCCAACACCUGAACAACUACUUCCAAAAGAAUUAACUCCCGAAGAGAAACAACAUCGUUUUACAACAGCCAUCAAGUAUGGACUCAAUGCUGUUCUUGAAUCAUGUACAAUCCCAAUUGAUGAAGGAACAGCCUAUGAUGCCAUGAUGAUGACUGAUGAAAAUGGAAAUGCUCUUCUCGCAGAGGAAGAUCAAUUACCAAUGGAUGCAGAAGAGUUGGAACAAAACCGUCAAGCUGAAGAAUUUAUGAAGAAUACUGUUGCUCAUAAUGAUUAUAUUCAACAAAUUGAUCCAAUGUUGAUGAAAAAGAGAACACUUCCAUAUAUUAUUGGAAGCAGUAAAUUCUAUAUGAAUGAUUUGGUGGGAAUUAUUCCAAAUGAAGAAGAAGAACAAUUGAAAUUAAUGACUCAUCAUGAAAAUGUCAAUGCUACAGUGGCUGGAACACAAAUUGAUACAAGUGUUUCUGUACCUCCACCACCAUCCAUGAAUGGCAAUGUUCCACCUCCACCACCCUCUUCAUUUGGAGAUAUUCCACCUCCACCACCACCCAUGAUGAUGAAUGGUAGCAUUCCACCACCACCUCCUUUGAUGAUGAAUGGUAGUAUUCCACCUCCACCACCACCUCUCACAUCAUCUCUUGGUAUUCCACCACCACCACCAGAUGCCUCUAUGAAACCAAAAUUGAAAAGUAGUUUUGGCAGUGAAGAAGAGACUUCAUUUACAUUGAGAGAAAAUACAGAGCCACAAUCAUCCACCACUGAAAACUUCUUUGGAGUUUCUAAUACUGUUGGUGAAAAUAAUGAAGAAGAAUCUUCUAUGGAUAUUAGAACUCAAUUGGCUAAUUUAAUGAGGAGAGGUCAAACUCAACCACCACCAACCAACGAUAGUAGUAAUGGUACUACUCCAUCAUUGGAUGGUACUAAUACUGGCCAUACUCAAUCCUUAGAUAACAUAUUUGGAACUGAUAAUAAUGAUGGAGGUUUAUUUGGAAGUGGACUAUUUGGUGGAAGUUCAACCACAACGACAAAGAAACGAAAUUCAGAUGAAUUUGAUUUGAAUCAAUUAGAACAAGAUAUUGGAUUUGGAUUUAUGAGUAAUUCAAACACUGCCACCACCACUUCGGAUAGUUCAUCAAAACAAAAGAAACCAACCACCUCCUCCUUUGGAUUUUUCUCUGAAGAGGAAGAUGAUGGAUUGUUUAGUGGAUUUAAUACCAAGAAUCAAUCACAAAAGAAUCAAUCAAAUGUCACUUCUUCCAAUACUUCCAGUGCUACCACUUCUAAUAACACGACACCUCUCAUUGGUGGUGCUGAGAGUAGAGCGACUGGUAGCGGUGGUUUAUUUGACGAUGAUGAAGAGUUCAGUAUUUUACCAACCACCACCACCAAACAACCCUCUACAAAACAAUCAACUGGUCCAAAAAUAUCCAUGGCUUCAGCCUUAUUUGAUGAAGAGGAAGAAGAAGGCUUAUUCUCCACCAAGGCUUCUGGUAGUUCCAAGACAAAUGCUACUACUACUACUACUACUACGAGCACAACUUCUACUACUGCCACCAGUAAACCAUCGUUGCUCUUUGGAGAUGAAGAAGAGUUUAUGAUUGCAAAAGAUACCAAAAAGACUCCAUCCUUAACAACCAUGACAAGCUCAGCAUCAACUAAAAAGCCAACUUCACUCUUUGACGAUGAAGAAGAAGAAGCAUUUAAACCCAAUUCUACUCCUACUACAACAAAACCUACUGUCUCCAACAAUACAUUCAACACCACUAAAAAGAGUGCUCUCACUUCUUCAUUGUUUGAAGAUGAUGAAGAAACACUCCUUCCACCAAAGAAAGUGGUGGUCAAUAAUGCUGAAGAACAACCAAGCCUCAAAGAGACUACCAAAGAAACAAAAGAGAUUCCUAAGGAUACCUCUUCUAUCAGCAGUGCUAGUAGUAGUAGCACCACCAAAAAUAGCAGUAUAGGCAUUGCAAUUCCAAACAACGACAAUACUUCUUCUUCACCACUCUCAUCCUCCGUUUCCAAAUUAUCAUCCUCACAAUCUGACAUUAAAUCCAAAUUAGGAUCAUCCAUACUUAAAGGACUUCAAGCAAACAUUGGAGGAGGAUAUAUUUCUACAAAGAAGGUGAUGGGAAUCACUGAGAGUGGUGAAAAUACUUCACAUGGAGUGUCAGCACAAUCUGAAAGUCCAAAGACAGAAGAAUCUAAUGCUACAGCCUCACUCUCAACCACUGGUACCACCUCAGCAACCACCUCAGCAGAGACAGAUCUUUAUGAACCUCUCUUUGUCAAGAAGGACGUUACAAAGAAAGUUGAAGUACUUGCAAGUGUUGAGAAAUCAUCACCUUUAACAUCCUCAAAGAAGAAGACAUCUUCGCUCUUUGAUGACGACGAUGAUGAGGAUUUCAUGACAUCAUUGAGGGCCAAGUCAAGUCCAUCCGUUCCUUCAACCACAAACUCGAAUACCUCCUCCACUGGUUCUUCCUCAUUAACAACAACAACAACACCAUCACAACAAACAAACAGCACUUCUGAAACAAAACCACUCAAUACUACUACUCCGGUUGUUGAGGUUCUACCUUCAUCAAGCAUUGGUAAUAGUGAUGUAUUCUCAUCAUCAAAAACCAACUUUGCUCGUGAUGGUAACAGUGGAGUGAAAUUGGAACAUGCAUCACUUGGAAGACCAAAAAGAAAGAAGAAUAGAGGUGUGUCUGUUAAAAAGACAACAUCCCUGUUGGAUGGGGAGGAGGAUGAAGGAGAUCUCCACAUCUCAAGUGCUAAAACAAAUUCUGAGGUGAGCAGUCAUUCAAGUGUUGUUGCAACACCACCACCAUCCUCAUCAGGUUCAGAAUCAACAACAACAACUAUUGAACAACAACCAAGCAAACAGACAUCUCUCUUUGGAGACAUGGAUGAAGACAAGCCAGAGACUACAUCAUCAUCCACUAAAAAGACCUCGUCCUUGUUUGGAGAUUUAGAUCAUGACAUUGAACCAAUUCCAAAAGUGAUGAAAGAAGAGAAACAAUCUCCAUCCACUACUACCACUACUAAAAAGACAGCAUCUGCUUCAUCACUAUUUGGAGACAUGGAUGAAGAACCUAUUAAACCUCUUCUGAAGAAAACUGAAGAAAACACUCAGCCCAAGAAGCAGACAACAACGUCAUUAUUUGAAGAUAGUCCAAAGACAAGUUCUGAAAAGAAGAAAAAGACCACUGCAUCACUCUUUGGAGAUUUGAACGAUGACGAUGAUUUUAAUUUCAUAAAAUCGAGUACUAACAAUGAAAAGAAGAAUCAACGAAUUGCUGAUCGAGAAAAGAAGAUUGAAUCUACCUCAAAGUUAGUCGAUGAUCCACUCUCCAACUUAUUAGCCAAACCACCACAAGAAAAGAAGGAUGUUGUUACAACUUCUUCCACGACUCUUAAUACUUCCAAUAGCGUUAUUGCAACAACCUCUACCACCACCACUACCACCUCUACUGCCACCACCCCUCAAUCAAGUAACACACCCAAUGUGAUGACCUCUCCAACCUCAACCCCAGAGCCAUCCACAACAACACCAUCAAGCAGUAGUACGAUUGGACAAGAACAAAAACAACAAGGCUCAGAAAAGACCAAGUCAUCCUUGUUUGGUAGUGAAGAUCCACUUGAUAUGAUUUUAGGUAAUGCUACAGCACCUAAGAAGAAGAAACCAGAGAUUGUCAAGAAUAAGAAGAAUGAUAUUGAUUCAUUUGUAGAUGAUAUUCUUGGAGGUCCAAAGAGUACUCAACCAAAGACAACUAAAAAGACAAACAUUAUUGAUGAUUUAGUGGGUGGAAAAUCAAAUGGUGCAACAAGUAGUGGUUUGUUUGAUGAUGAUAUACUUUCUGCUAGUAACAACACUGCCACAAAAAAGAAAACAACAAUACCCAGUUCAUCCAAUCUCUUUGGAACCAGUGUUGAUGACUCACCAAAUAUUAGCAACCAGACCAAGAAAUCAACAACCAAGAAGAAGGGAGAUUUCCACAACGAUUUGUUUGAUUUUUAA